CAAUUAUGUUUCAAACGCCAUUCGCGCUUCUAGCACUUGUGGUUGUCACUGUGACGUUCUGAAUGCAAUCAUCAUCGGAACGACCUACUGCGUUUGCAAUAGAUCGGAGAGUUUCCGGGCGGGUAAUUGUUUCGUUUCAUCGACAACAAAUAGCUCUAUAGUACGUGUGUUUAUAUAAAAGUUUGUGUACGUGCUGACAAGCCUCAGUCCCUGAAGCACAAUCAGGUUAUGACAAAAACCCGGCCGGCAAAAUGAACUCGGCACUAAGAUUGGCUCCAGGCUUGAUCUCUUCAACGGCAUACAAUCUUCGUCCUUCCCUACUAUGUAGACACACGAAUUUAUACAGGAACUUGAUGACCAACUCGAUAAAGCAAAGGAAUCUAGUACCGAAGAACAAACUGCAGAAUACUUUCUUGGUCCCUAGAAAGGCCUUGCCCCAAGUGGCCAUUUGUUCAACAAACUCUGGAGCACAGCAGAAAGGGCAAAAACUCGUCGGGACAUGGCUCCUGGGAUGCAGUGGAAUGGUCUUUGUUGCGGUCAUUUUAGGUGGGGUAACACGAUUGACCGAGUCUGGCCUCUCAAUGGUGCAUUGGAAACUGCUGGGUGAAUCAAGACCUAAAACCGAACAGGAAUGGAUAGCCGAAUUCGAGCAUUACAAACAAUUUCCGGAAUUUAAAAUCAAAAACCCAGAUAUGACUUUAAAAGAAUUCAAGUUCAUUUAUUGGAUGGAAUACUCACAUCGGAUGUGGGGACGCGCGAUAGGAGCCUUUUUCGCAUUACCAGCUGUAUAUUUCUGGACCAGAGGAUAUUUUUCGCGUGGAAUGAAAAUACGUACAAUAGCAUUCGCGGCUUUGAUUGGAGCACAAGGUUUAAUGGGCUGGUACAUGGUAAAAUCAGGACUAGAAGAUCGUUUCCAUAAAGAGAGCGACGUCCCACGAGUUUCACAGUAUCGCCUUGCAUCGCAUUUAACAUUUGCAUUUGUUUUGUAUACAUUAUUCCUAUGGUCAGCUUUAGAUCAUUUACUUCCUGCCGAAAAACUGAGAGGUGAAGUUACUAAAAGCGUCAAAAGAUUCCGCUGGUUUGCGCAUUCCACCAAGGGCAUGAUAUUUUUAACAGCAUUGUCCGGAGCAUUUGUGGCCGGUUUAGAUGCCGGACUUGUAUACAAUUCAUUUCCAAAAAUGGCUGAUCGAUGGAUUCCCAGUGAUAUUAUGGCGCUUGAGCCAAAACUUUCUAAUAUAACAGAAAAUCCUACUACAGUUCAGUUUAAUCACAGAAUUUUGGGCGUAACAACACUUUCUCUUAUUUCUGGACUAUGGCUUCUAUCUAGACGUAGAAUUCUACCUCGCAGAGCAUAUUCUGCUGCAAAUGCUGUCGCGAUUAUGGGAUGGACUCAAGUGUUAUUAGGUAUAUCAACUUUAUUGACAUAUGUUCCGGUCUCUUUGGCAGCCGCGCAUCAAUCUGGAUCACUCGUGUUAUUAUCACUUGCCGUUUGGCUUACUCAUGAACUGAAAUUUUGCAAAUACAUACCAAAGUGAUUUAUUAAGUGCAUCUUUUUUAAUGAAUAAUAAUUAUACAGUAGACCUCAUUUAACGUGAUCACUUUGACAAAGUAAAAUUGAUGGCAUAUGAACUUUAUUCUUUAUAAAUUUGCACAUAGAAAUGGCUUUAUAUUACUGCAUUGUAUAUAGUAUAGUUUUUGUAAUAAAGAAAAUAAUUUCAUUGAAUUAA